ACAAACAUUAAGAACAAAGAAUUAACUUACCCUACGAUUUGGGAGUUGGUAUCGCUCUGUGCCCUCUGAACAUCUCUCCACGGCGAAGUGAGAAACGAGGAGAAGGCAUCAUGGUGAACUUUGCGGCAUUGGUGCGAGAGCACUGGGUCAACAUCCUGGUUCCACUAGGUUUUGUUGCUGGCAUCUACCUGGACAGGUGGAACGAUCAGAAGUUGACAGCAUUCAGGAACAAGAGUGCGUUGUACAGCAGGGAGCUGAAGCCCGGUGAGGAAUACACCUGGAAGUGAAGUCUCCCUCCAGAUGAUAUUUAUUGGACCUCCUGCUCUGUUCAUUUAGACAUUCUGUCUUCAAACCUGUAAAUGACUUUUCAGUAACGUUUGAUGUAAAAUAUAUUGACACAAGAAAGAG